AAAGUCAAGUCGAGCGAGUUGGCGCGUGGUAGAUGAGCCGUCUGCAACCACGUAUUUACCUAACCUAAAAACCGGACAAAAGGACGUCAGGUAGACAGCGAAGAUGAGCGAAGCGAACACUGAUCGGGAAACAAAGAUCCUCAGAGAGAAGAUGCAGGAUCUGAAGGAUGUAGAGAUAGGUCCUCUACCGCCAAACUCACCGUGGGUGAGGCCGGUGCGAAUGCAAUUCCGACAGGCAGGAAAACUGAAGAAAUGGGAUCUGCUCCGUAUCCACGACUCCGUGGCCAUGAUCGUCUUCAACGUCACCCAGAGGAAACUUAUAUUCGUAUCCCAGUUCCGUCCCGCCGUUUUCUAUGCAAGUUUACCCGAGAAACAGGGCAAAGUUGACCUUCAGCAAUACCCUCCGAGCCUUGGCGUUACGUUAGAACUUUGCGCAGGCAUCGUAGACAAGGAUCUACCCAUCGCUGAGAUCGCUAGGGAGGAAUUGCUCGAGGAGUGCGGAUAUAACGCUCCUGUUUCCAACUUCGUUAAGCUCCACACAUGCAGAAGUGGAGUCGGACCUACAGGAGCCAUGGAAACACUCUUCUAUGUAGAAGUUACAGACGAGAUGCGAGUGAAUUCUGGUGGGGGUUCGGAGGUUGAGGGUGAGCUGAUCGAGGUGGUCGAAUUGAGUGUAAACGAAUUUAAGGAGUACAUAAACCGUCCAAGCAUCCAGAGUCCACCGGAAGUUUUAUUUGCGGCAUCCUGGUUUUUCCACAAUAAACCAGAGCACUGUUCCUAAAUGAAUAACACCUAUGUAUGUAAUAUAUAAAUAUAUUUAUACCCUAUAGUUAAUAACCGUCAAUCAACAAAUGGUGGUUAUUAAUCAUUUAAUAGUAUAUUAAGGGACAUUAAAUGACCAUUACCCUCCAGUUGACGUUUAUCAAUUUUAUGUUUAUUUACAAAGUUUUGUUUUUUAUAUCAAUUAAAAUGGCAAAAUAGAUAGGUACUAGUGCUCAGCCUCAUCUUUUGUAAAUUGGGAACUGACCCAGGCCAAACCCCACUUCAGAUUGGUCAGUAAAAAUUUGAGAGCCUUGGUCCAUUGCUCUUCGGAAUUGAAUUGGAUCCUAUAAAUAAAGCGGUGACAAUUUUCGUACAUUCUAGAGGUUUGAAUAGUCGAAUCAAGACGCAACUAUAAAAGACGUGUACCAAAUUUAAUAAUAAAGGAAAAUGAAUACUUUA